GAACAAAGCUGCUCAUUGCCGACGGCUGGGGACGCGGGUGAGACUCGGAUGGAAAAUUCAGAGUUGCCUCCAAGGCAGGAAAUUCCCAAAGGAACAGAGUCAUCUGAUGGGACAUCAGGAGGCCUGCCUGGGGGACCAGAAGCUGGAAAUGCCUGUGAAGAUGCUUUAAUGAAGCUAGAAGCACACUCCUCAAAGGAGGAAGGGAGCAGACGGGAAAGUGAUUUCUUGGAAAGAACAUGUGAGGAUAAAAACAAAUCUACAAAAGAUGGAUGUGAUGAGUAUAAGGAUCUUGGGGAACAUAAGAAUCUGUCCUGUAAUCCUACAGAACAUCAAGUUUUGAAGGCACAGAAAUUAUAUCAAUGUGAUGAAUGUGGCAAAGCUUUCAAUUGGAGUUCACACCUCAUUGGCCAUCAGAGAAUCCACACUGGAGAGAAACCUUAUGAGUGUAAUGAGUGUGGCAAGGCCUUCAGGCAAACCUCUCAGCUCAUGGUUCAUCUCAGAACCCACACAGGGGAAAAGCCCUAUGAAUGCAGCAAGUGUGGAAAGACCUAUCGACACAGCUCCCAUCUCAUUCAACACCAGAGACUCCAUGAUGGGGAGAAACCGUAUAAAUGUAAUGAAUGUGGAAAAGCUUUCAAUGAGAGUUACAAACUCUAUGACCACCAGAGAACCCAUACUGGGGAGAAGCCUUAUGAAUGCAAUGAAUGUGGAGCAACCUUUACUCGGAAUAAAAAUCUUCUCCGACAUCAGGUACUUCACACUGGGAAGAAACCCUUCAAGUGCAGCGAGUGUGGGAAAGCUUUCAGUUCUAAUAGAGAUCUUAUUGACCACCAGAGAAUUCACACAGGGGAGAAGCCUUAUGAGUGCAAUGAGUGUGACAAGGCCUUCACUCGGAAUAAAAGUCUGAUUCGACAUCAGCGACUCCACACUGGAGAAAAACCAUACAAAUGCAGGGAGUGUGGGAAAGGCUUCAAUCAGAACUCUCACCUUGCUGACCAUGAGCGAAUUCACACUGGAGAAAAACCUUUUGCGUGUAAUGAGUGUGGUAAGGCAUUCAGCCUGAGUAAGUGUCUGAUUCGACAUCAGAGACUUCACACAGGUGAAAAGCCCUAUAAAUGCAAUGAGUGUGGAAAAUCCUUCAAUCAAAAUUCAUACCUCAUUAUACAUCAGAGAAUUCACACUGGGGAGAAACCUUAUGAAUGUAAUAAAUGUGGGAAGAUCUUCAGUCAUAAUUCUAGCCUUAUGGUACAUCAAAGAACCCAUACUGGGGAGAAACCCUAUAAAUGUGAUGAUUGUGGGAAAACCUUUAGUGACAGCUCACAGCUCACUGUGCACCAGAGAGUUCACACUGGCGAGAAACCCUAUGAAUGUAUUGAGUGUGGAAAAGCGUUCAGUCAGCGUUCCACUUUUAAUCACCACCAGCGAACUCAUUCUAGAAAGAAGCUCUCAGGUCUGGCUCAGUUUCAUAAGGUGUAAGUUUCCAAGGUAGCCAGGAACAUUGAAUUAAGCUUUCUGUAUAAGAAGGAUGCUUAUCCUGACCCUUUCUUGAAACCACUAAUCAAAGUGGACCAUUCCCUACAUGCUGUCUGCUAGGUCAUGAAGGUGGAGAGUGGGAGGAACAGUGCAGUCCUUCCCCACUAUUGGGGAAGUACGGACUACACGUUUACUGUACUUGCAGGGUUUUUAUUUUAUUUUAUUUUCUGUUUAUAAAUGUAUGUCAGUUUUUGUUUUUUUUUGACAUGCAUCCUGUAAUCAGAUUGUGUACUUCUCAGGGACAGAGGUUAAAUCUUCCUUAUUCUAUUUUACUUUCAUUUCCCAAUUUACAUAAAGUCAUUCUCUAAGACUGAUUCACUCCUUUCUCCAUUUCUAAUUUUUACGAGUUUAUUUGAGCCAAACUGACAUGACUGAAGUAAGGUGCAAAUGCCCCUCUCUCUUUUUUCUCUUUGCUGUAGCUCUUUUAAAAUUCAUCACUAGUUAAAAAAUAAUUUUUAAAAUCUCAACUCUCUAAUUGCACCCUUCAUAAAGUGGGCAUGAACUUUCCUCCCACCACUGGACCAACAUUUUAUAGGAUAUCACAUGCAAAAAGCUCAUUUAUAUGUUCUACAUGUGCCCCUGUUUUUUAAUUUUUAUUUUUAAUUUCAUAAAAAU